AUGCUGGUGGCCCAGCUGCUGUUCAGGCACCUUUUCGCGGUGGUUGCACGGGCCAUGAUUCCGAAGAAGCCUCGCUGGUCAUACCAAGUGUGGGGCGCAAAGGUCACGCGUUGUUGCGACUCGAUCUUCAAGUGUUGCUACUACUGCGCUAUGACUACCUGGUGCUUUGCCUUGCUCAGAGACCAGCCAUACCUGCCGCGGUUGCUGGGCGGCAGCGGGGACACCCGAAACUGCUGGCGCGGCUAUCCUUUCCAGGACAUCCCCUCAGAACUCUGCAGCUUCUACCUGACUGCAGUGGGCUACCAUCUCAGUGAGGUGGCCAUGCUGCUUCUAGAGGCCGCGCGCUGUUUGGUCUCGUUCGAAAUGGUCCCAGCAGCUUCCUGGACCCUGUGGCAUCCUGAUUUUUGGGAGAUGCUGCUCCACCACAUCGUGACGUGGACACCCCAGCGUGGGGCGGUGAUGACGGUGAUGACAGACAUUCUCCAGUCCGCAUCUACACAGGCUUUCAUGCUUCCUGGAGGCAUCGGCAGCCUGGUCUUGCUCCUGCACGGGGUCACGGACAUCUUUGUCUACCUUUCGAAGGACGGCCAUCGGCGUGCUCACAAUCUGUUGAACGAUGGGAUGCAGGAGAACCAUGACCAGGCCAGCCCCGAACGAGUCGUCUCAUGGGGCUUCAUCAAUUUCGGCCUGUUCACCCUCUUCCUGCUGCACAUGUAUUGGUUUGGCAUGAUCAUCAAGAUCGGCACCCACUACAGGCAGACGGGUCAAGCCAGAGACCUUCAGUCGAACCUCUCAUCUAUGGACAUGGACAAGAAGCGGACGUGA